AUGAUUGCGGAAGUCCUCCUGGUCCUGGCUGGUCACUCUUCAUCAUUAUUUCCAACAGAUCACACCGUUCACCCCGCAUUUGCGCCACUGCUUCAUCCCGGGGAGCAACAGUGUCUCGAAUCCCUAGGCCAAAUUGCUGUUCGUUACCGCAACGUUAAACAGGCAUGCUCCACACUAUCACGCUCGCCUUCGCGAUAUGUAUGCGCACUUUGUGCAUCGCUAGGUCAAAUCCUCAGAGAUGAAUAUGACACCUUGAUUGUCGACACGGAGGCCAAAAUCCUUCAGCGCGAUAGCAGCCUCGUCGCAAGCGGAUCAUUCGUGCCGUUAUCAUCUAUCCGAGCUAUUUUUGCUGAAUGGGACGCGCCUCUUGCUUCUCUGGAAUCUCUCGUCGAUGAAUUGAAAGCGAAGGAUUCUUGGCAGCCCGGUAACCUAAUCGACCUGCUCUUGACGCGUUCUCAUACUGGAAUUCAUCGCAUCGCGGCGAUUCAUGCUCGGCUUUGUGAAGCUGUCCAACGUGUUUGGAUGUCCCAACUGCAGGCAUUCAUCGUACAUGGCUCGUUGCAUGAAAAGGAUCCUUUGGUCUCAAAAGACUACGUUCUACUUGAUGGCUCGGUGCCUUCUUGCGUCUCAGUACAAACACGGGAAUCCAUUAGCUACGUUGGUCGAGCAAUCGGUACUGUGAGGGCGGCCAAGUGGGAGCGGCAAUUUCCCCGGGAUUUGAUAGUAGAUCAUACCAAAAUGCUUGAUGGUAUAUUACCACAAGACCGGUAUAAUUUCGAUCGAGUCAUUGCCGAUAUCCGUACUGGGGUCAGUGAGUGGUUGUGGCUCAACGUUCUGACACACCGAGACGUGGAAGUGGCGGUCGAUGCAUUAGCAAGCUAUUUCCUUCUGCGAAAUGGCGAGUUCGCCCUAUCCCUUAUACGAGAGAUUGAACGCCUGAAGAUCUCUAGACUCAGGGCUCGAUCGGGUCCAACGACAAUGAUACGUGAACAAGACCUACAUCUCGCUCUCUUGCGUGCAUCAUUGGGAACAACCGCUCAGCAUGAUCCAUCCCUCUCGAAUCUUCACUUUAGCUUACCUGCCGGGCCCCUUCGACCCUUGCUUCCAUCCCUCGCCACCACCACCAAAAACCUCUCUAUGUCCCAUUCUGCUGUUGAAUUAACAACUUUUGAUGAUCUACUUCUUGGUACUUCUCUCGUCCUCACGUAUGGCGUAUCCUGGCCAUUAGACCUCUUCCUUCAUCCAUCAGAUCUACAAAUUUACGCGACCUUAUUUGGCUAUUUGUCUGCAUUACGGAAAACACACACCCGGAUCCAUACAUGCUGGACAUCACUCUCCAAUUCACAACGUGCGCGUCGACGAUGGACCGGGCUUGGAGAGGGAGGAACCGUGGAAGACUUGCAGGCUCGCAAGGAACUCUUAAGAUGUGGCUGGGGUGCAGUAAGGGAGAUGAACUGGUUCCUUGACACGCUCCUUGGUUAUGUGAUGACCGACGUUGUGGAUGUAGAAUUCCGGAGGCUGAAAGAUAUUCUUCUCAAACAGACCUCAGGUCUAGUCAACCAGCACACGGGUAGCUAUUCCGCACCAGCACUGUUGGCGGAAGGAGCUUCGACUCAGCUCAAGGCUGCCGAGUCGGACUCAGUGCCGACGUCGCAAAGUGGUGCCUCUAACGCCUCGGCUCCUACCUCGAGCCAGCUAGACUUUACUACUCUACGGAACAUCCACACGACUUAUCUUGAGCGAUUGCUUACCGGCAGCUUGCUGUCCAAUCCGGCGCUUACCCCAAUCUUACGAUCAAUUUUGGAGGUCUGCGAGCAUUUUGUUGCUCAGGUGGAACGAUGGGACGGGGAUAUUUUGCCCGCUUUGCUCUUUGAGGGCAGCCUUGCGACAGGUGAGGAUGAUGUGGGAAAGAUGGUAAGAGAGAGGCACGCCGCUCUCGAUGAUAUUAACAAGACGCUGCACGGCCUGCUUGGCUCGUUCUAUGAGCAACUGUCUUUGUCUACGACGCAGCAGCCUUUCUCGGCCGCGACAGAUGCGUCAAAGUCGAUGUUGUACAACGCCAGCACAGCGAACUCAUCUGGAUUCCACACAUUCGUUCGUAACAAACGAGGCAAACGCCUCGAGGGGGAUGAAGAGGUUCGCCGGCACGUGGAGCGUCUGCUCCUACGCCUGGACUUCAACGGCGGGUUCUCGGAGGCCAAGGCGGCGGGGAGCUUUGGGUCAACUGACGCAGAGAUUUUGAAGCAGGGUGGCCUUACGUAG